CUGCACACAAGUUUACAAAUGGGCGAGUAUGUCAAGCUCAUACGACAGCACCGCCCACCAAAUCGAUUUCGCCCCCGAACCCGCCACGAAUCUUGGUUUCUUCGGUACACGGCAACCCGCGUAGGCGGCGACGAUGCCGACAACGUAGAGUUGCACCCGUGGCACUCGAAAUUACACCUAUGGCAACUGGCGAGUCUCCAGUUUACGUCAUUGCACGAAGCGUGUCGUGUGGGGGAUGUGAAGGCGUUGAAUAUGGCGCUACAAGAAACAUGCACCAUGCACCAAGACUGCACCGGGAGUACGCCACUGCAUGUAGCCGCGACCCAUGGCCACCUCUCCUGUGUGCUUCGCCUGUUGGAACUUCCAGACGCAAUGCUUCAGUUGCACGUCGUAGAUGUAGCCGGACGCACCGCGCUACACAAGGCAUUGCAGCGUCCAUGCCCAAGUGUGUUGGCUUGCGUAGAUGCCAUGCUAGCCCAUGCACCGCCUUCACUGCUCACGAAUGUGCACGACAAGUAUGGUUGGUCGAUUCAAGCCCUAGACGUUCGCCAGCGGGGAGAUUUGUUUGAUGCAGUGUCAACCGGAAAUGUUCACCGCAUGCAAUUUAUCCUCUCAAAUUACGAUCUAAGAUCAUCCAACUGGACAGUAUUGCCGUUGUUGGAAUGGACAUUGCUCCACCAAGCGUGCUUAAGCCAGCAAGUUGCCGCCACAAAGGAAGUGUUGGUCAACCGCCGCCUGUUGUGCAGCGUCGACCCACUAAAGCAAGAUUCAUCUGGGUGUACCGCCUUGCACGUGAGUGCCAAGGGCGGCUUUAUUGAAGGCUGCGUCCUGCUCUUGGACGCCAACUCGUCAAAUCAACCAGUCGACAUGAUCGAGGCGCUGCUGCUUUGCGCAGACGCCACUGGUCGUACAGCUUUGCACUGGAGUGUCAGGAACAAACAUGCGGCUGUGGCGUCGUACUUGCUCCAGUCAGCGGCGCUCGUGGGGGUGGUCGUUGAGCUGUUGCAAAUGUGCGACGAUGUACAUCAUUCGCCGCUUCACGUUGCGUGUGCCACUGGUCAAACGGCCCUGGCAGAGGCGAUGCUGCAAUUGGGGGCCAACGCCAACAUGGCUACCAGAAUACAUGAGCCGCGCCCACCGAGAUGUCGACGCCGCUCCCAAUCUAAAAUGUCUACUACCUUGAAUACCUCUCAGCCCAACCGCCUACGAGAAGCUAUGGAAACAAUGUCGCUACAUGACGUGGCGCAACACACAGUCGAGCUCAAGACCUUGAAGCUGCUGGUACCUCGACCCCUAUCAUCCCCGCAGCUACAAUCAUCUACUGCAACAUCCUGCGACACGGUGGAACCGAUAGCGUCCCCUCUAGCCAUUGCAUUGGUCGCUCGAUCAUACGACAUUGCCGACCUGUUGUUGCAAUAUGGCGCCAACAUCAUCGUGCGAGACCAAGUAUGGAGAGCUUAUGUGGACGAUGCCAACAGCCGUGCGACGCUAGUCCAGUGGAGUUCACGCUGGCUGUGUCCAGAUAUCUUUCCUUCAAGUGCUUUCGCCACACUGUGUGGCCAGGCUUCGUUUACUCCCAGUAUCUUUCCCCGUAAUGACACCAACGACAACUCAGACGCAAAACAUGCGAUGACGGUUAUCGAAUCGGGACUUUGUGCUUUGUUGGAUGUGUCAAUUGGGCUGAAUUAUUACUCCACUUGGGACAAUCUAGCCCACGCUGCAUUCUCGGCGUUUCGCCUACGAAGACUGCACUUGGCCCAUCGCCUAGCCAACCUAUGCGGCGCUACGUUGUUUAACGAUUCGCGCUCGACAAGUUGGCUAGUGGUAGCUGUGGAGAAUGCAUGUCUCGCCAGCUGCCGGUGGCUUCAAGCUCAUGACUACCCCUUCUCAGCUAUCGACAUCCCGGCCAUGUGUCUACUGCUGAGCUCUCCCUGUCGACACCGAUCCGUUAACGACGACAUUGCCGUUCAAACUCGGACGAGUCUGUUUGUAUGGCUCGUACAGUGCCAUGUCAGCCUGAUUCAGUCCUCCUACCUUCAAACGUAUUUGGACCUGGCGUUGGCCAAUGCAAACACCGCUGUGACCCGACUAUUGGUGGAUAACAUGAUUCACACCGAGGACAAGAGCUACUACACCAUUCGUGCGGACCACGCUGUGGUAGCCAGUCGUGGAGAUGAAACAUAUAUCCUGUCGCUUCGUUCGAUGGGAUGCUGGACACAUUGCGACCUUGGGCUGACGCUGGCCAUCCAUUUCAACAUGUCGCAGACGAUCCUGCGCUGUAUUAUUGCGCACGGCGCCCGACCUACCCCUCAAGCCGUCGUCUACGGCAAACCCGCCAUCGUGUGGGCCAUCUGGCAUCGGCGCCUUGACAUUGUUCGGGUCCUUUGUAUCUUGGAGCCCACACUCUGUCUUGCGACGACGGAUGGUCAAGGACGAGAUGCAUUGUAUUAUGCCAUGCGAACCAACGAUGUGUCCGUGGUGGCGUUUCUAUGGACGAACCGACGACAGAGCCAGUUCAACUUUGCCGCCGCAUUGGUGGCUGCAGUGGAAUCCAAUGCUAUGGCGUCCCUGAAAUGGAUGGCUGCCACGGCACCACAAGAUUUUUUUCGGUCUAUCGAGGCGCUACACGUGCACAUGCCACAUGUGACAUCGUUGGAGCAUGUAGCUUGUGCGCGAGGGUUUCUCGAGCUUGCGACGUGGCUACGCUCGAUAAACAGCAACCCCACGACGACAUGCUUGUCAUCGUCAAAUGCUGAUGGGUGCACACCUACGCAGGUCGCAAGGUUGUUUGGGUAUCCAAUACAUUUCGACGAAUCCAAGGGGGAUAACUGCUGCCAUGACCCUGUGGUGUUGAAUGGUGUGCUGCGACGGCUCUUGUCCACACAAGUGUCGGUCAUCUCUACGGGGAACAAGUCUAUCGAUGGCACUGCUGCUUGGCGGCCACUAUAUCCAAUUGCAAGCCAAGCCUUUCAAUUCACCGAGCUAUACGCAGCGUGUAGCAACAACUCUGUCGCAUACGUCAGCAUCUUGGCCUCGUUCGGAGUGUCCCUCGUCGAGCCCUGUGGACCACUCAACCUGCCACCGUUGGAUUGGGCAGCUCACUAUGGAGCCGUCGACGUGAUCCAGUGCCUGCUUAGCCAAGGCGUGGUGGACGUAGAAGGGACGGCGCUGAGGCGGGCGGCUACCCGACGCCAGGGGUCAGCAGUUGCGGCUUUGCUGGAUGCAGCUCCGCCUGCCACGUCAUUGGGGCGACUGCAAGGGGAUGGGGCUACACCCACACUGCUGCAUUUAGUAGCUCGUGUCCAAUCAACUGUUGCCCCGCGCUUGAUCCAAGUUUUGAUAGACCAGUACCACGCGGAUGUGGAUAUUGUGGAUGGCCAAGGGUUGACACCCGUUGUGUAUGCGAUGGUGAGUGGCAACGUGCCGGCGAUGCUUUGUUUGUUGGAGCGAGGUGCACGGCUGGAGGCCGAAUACGAAGGCCAAUCCGGAUUCUACUAUGUCCUGCACCUACUCCCCUCGGACACGUGGCGUGUCUUCUUUCAAGCGUAUUUGGGUGUGGUACUACACGGCCGAGCACUGCACUGCACAGAAUCGUGCGGAUGCAAGUCGUUUGAAGGGUCGGUAGGUGACGUGGCGUGUUCGUUUUGCAGCCACCGAUUUGACCAACAUUCCCACAUCCCCCUCCCCCCCUGGCAUCAAGACGUGUCCGAUACGUACCGCAUGCAACGUACUAGUAGUACUACUAGUAGUCAUAUAUCCCCCGAAUCAAGCCCCCGAUCCACAACAUCCGACAACGACGACCACGAUAAUGUCCAUCGUUUCCAACACGAUCGUUCCGAUUUCGAGAAUCAAGACCCCCAUCUAUCUCCGCUGCCAUUGUCCACACUAGAGUAUGACUACGUCGGUCGGUUGGAUCAAUGUCAUAUUUCUGCGGUCGCCUGGGCACGAUUCCGCCCCGAAGUCUCGAUGUAUUGUCUGUCGUCGAUGACUGGUCAUCCGGAUGCAGGUCCAUCAAGCACCACCGACGACGACGACGAAGACAAAGAGGAUGUGUUGCAACGCGGGUUUGUGUGUUCAUUGGACGAUCAACCAGAGGCGUGGUCAUGGAGGGUUCCGGCAUUGAAUCAAUCUGACAUCCCGGUGAAGAUGGACAAACAACUAAUUCCCCCGAGGUGGUCUGUGGCUACUACGUUCGGACUAGAGUAUCACGUCGACUGCUGGUGUACACAAGGGGGCAUGUACUGUCUGUCGGCCGCCAUGAGUUUACGACGAGUGGUGACUUGGUGGCUAGGGAGACGCCUUCGAUCUACGGGAUCUGCGACGACGACAACGAAGACCGUCACAACGUUGUUUCACAUAUGGAAAUCCGACGGUCGUCGUCGUAUUUCGUCUCCGCGCGACCACGUGGUGCCCCGUACGCGCCAGCAACUAGUGCGACUCAAGCUUUUUGUCUUGCACUGGUGCCACGCCAAGCUCGUUCAAGCAUUUAGCCGGUGGAAAAAGGUGCCAACAGCAUCAUACACCAUCCAUCUGCGACACCAUACAGAGGUGGUGGUGGUGGCUGCUCCGCCGCAAGCCUCCAAUAUGGGGGAUCACAGUUACUGUAAUUCCCUGAACAAACUCAAUCCACACAAGCCCGUGCCUAGACUAAAAAACUCGACACUUUCAACAGUGGAUUGUGGUUAGCCGUGAUAAUGUUACACCUCAAUUGAUUCGAUCAGUGAAUUCCCUACCGCGACGAUAAGGGCCACAGUUCAUCUCGACCACUGCCCCACAAGCCAGAGCCGGGAAAAAUGCAUUCUCAACCUAAAUCAAG